GGGCUGGGGGUGGGGUUAGAGAGAGGGACGCGAGCGGGAUCCAAACUUCCGGUGCCUGCAGAGCUCGGAGCGGCGGAGGCACAGACCGAGGCUGCACAGGCAGAAGCUGCGGGGCGGACGCGCGGACCGGCGCAGCCAUGGUGAAGAUUAGCUUCCAGCCCGCCGUGGCUGGCGUCAAGGGCGACAAGGCUGACAAGGCGUCGGCGUCGGCCCCUGCGCCGGCCUCGGCCACCGAGAUCCUGCUGACGCCGGCUAGGGAGGAGCAGCUCCCACAACAUCGAUCCAAGAGGGGGAGCUCAGUGGGCGGUGUGUGCUACCUGUCGAUGGGCAUGGUCGUGCUGCUCAUGGGCCUGGUGUUUGCCUCCGUCUACAUCUACAGAUACUUCUUCCUUGCGCAGCUGGCCCGAGAUAACUUCUUCCGCUGUGGUGUGCUGUAUGAGGACUCCCUGUCCUCCCAGGUCCGGACUCAGAUGGAGCUGGAAGAGGAUGUGAAAAUCUACCUCGACGAGAACUACGAGCGCAUCAACGUGCCGGUGCCCCAGUUUGGCGGCGGUGACCCUGCAGACAUCAUCCAUGACUUCCAGCGGGGUCUGACUGCGUACCAUGACAUCUCCCUGGACAAGUGCUAUGUCAUCGAACUCAACACCACCAUUGUGCUGCCCCCUCGCAACUUCUGGGAGCUCCUCAUGAACGUGAAGAGGGGGACCUACCUCCCACAGACGUACAUCAUCCAGGAGGAGAUGGUGGUCACGGAGCACGUCAGUGACAAGGAGGCCCUGGGGUCCUUCAUCUACCAUCUGUGCAACGGGAAAGACACCUACCGGCUCCGGCGCCAGGCAACGCGGAGGCGUGAGUGGCUGGCUUCACCCACAGUAGCCCCUGUCCCGUGCCCCAGACCACAGUUAUCUUCACACCUAGCCCAGCUGUCAGAGAGCUCAGAUAGCAGCAGCAAUAACAGCUAGCAUUAGCAGAGCACUUCCGUGUGCCGGGCAAUGCUGUGUGCUCUUUAUGACCUCUUAAGAGUGUAAGUCAUUCUCAUCCUCAUUAUUCUUUUUGCUGCCCAUUUUAAAGAUGAGGAAACAGGUGCAGAGAGGUUAACACCCUGGAGGUCACACAGCAGGGAGGUGGCAGACGUGGGCAGGCUGACUCCAGCUUUCGAGCUCUCCCCAUUUCUCACUGUGCUCUUUGGGUGAAUCUGGGUGAAUGGUGUCACUUGCUGGCCCUCCUGUGGCUCAGGCUGAGGCUGGUGGUCUUUGUGCCUCAGCCAGGAUGCAGGGCUCACUGGGGUUUUUCUGUUUCCUCCCAGGGAUCAACAAGCGUGGGGCCAAGAACUGCAACGCCAUCCGCCACUUCGAGAACACCUUCGUGGUGGAGACGCUUAUCUGCGGGGUGGUGUGAGGCCCUCCUCCCCCAGAGCCCCCUGCCGUCUUCCUCUUUUCUUCUUUCCGGCUGCUCUCUGGCCCUCCUCCUUCCCCCUGCUUAGCUUGUACUUUGGACGUGUUUCUAUAGAGGUGACAUGUCACUCCGUUCCUCUCCAACCCUGCCCGCCUCCCUGUACCAGAGCUGUGAUCUCUCGGUGGGGGGCCCAUCUCUGCUGACCUGGGUGUGGCAGAGGGAGAGGGGAUGCUGCAAAAUGUUUUCUGUGUCCCACUGUCUUGAAGCUGGGCCUGCCAAAGCCUGGGCCCACAGCUGCACUGGCAGCUCAAGUGGGAGCUGGGCAUGUGAGGCCCUGGGCAAGGGGAUGGCGCUGGGGGGGUGCGGCAUGGGCUUCAGAAGUAUCUGCACAAUUAGAAAAGUCCUCAGAAGCUUUUUCUUGGAGGGUACACUUUCUUCACUGUCCCUAUUCCUAGACCUGGGACUUGAGCUGAGGAUGGGCGAUGUGCCCAGGGAGGGACCCACCAGAGCACAAGGGAAGGUGGCUACCUGGGGGUGUCCCGGGGACUCCUGUCAGUGCCUUCAGCCCACCAGCAGGAGCUUGGAGUUUGGGGAGUGGGGAUGAGUCCAUCAAGCACAGUUGUUCUCUGAGUGGAACCAAAGAAACGAGGAGCUAGGACCCCCAGUCCUGCCCCCCAGGAGCACAAGCAGGGUCCCCUCAGUCAAGGCAGUGGGAUGGGCCGCUGAGGAACGGGGCAGGCAAGGUGACUGCUCAGUCACGUCCACGGGCAACGAGCCGUGGGUUCUGCUGAGUAGGUGGAGCUCAUUGCUUUCUCCAAGCUUGGAACUGUUUUGAAAGAUAACACAGAGGGAAAGGGAGAGCCACCUGGUACUUGUCCACCCUGCCUCCUCUGUUCUGAAAUUCCAUCCCCCUCAGCUUAGGGGAAUGCACCUUUUUCCCUUUCCUUCUCACUUUUGCAUGUUGUUACUGAUCAUUCGAUAUGCUAACCGUUCUCAGCCCUGAGCCUUGGAGAGGAGGGCUGUAACGCCUUCAGUGAGUCUCUGGGGAUGAAACUCUUACAUGCUUUGUAUAUUUUCUCAAUUAGAUCUCUUUUCAGAAGUGUCUAUAGAACAAUAAAAAUCUUUUACUUCUGA